GAGGGGGGCGGUUGGUCCCUCCCCGGCCGCCGUAGCCCGCUGGCUGGGCCCGGCGGCGGAGGGGGCGGGGCGGAAAUUUAAAUCGGCAGCCGCGGCCGCUGUGAGGCGAAGGCGGCGGCGAGCGCUCUGGGUCUCCGGGGCCGUGCGGCGUGGCCGGGGCGCAGGCCUCCCUCCCCGCCGCGUCCCGAGCGCUCUGUUCCGGGCCGGGCGGCGCGGGCCCAGACCCGCCCGCUGCUCCGUCCCCGAUGGCUGAGCCGGAGCCCGGUACGCGAGCGGCGGGGUGGGCGCCGCUUCCCGGCAGGCCGGGCCGGGCGCCGCCGUCGCCAGCAGGUAGGAUGGGUUGCCAAUCAGAGAAAAGGCAAAGGAGACCCCCAGAGAAACAGCAGCAGGAGGUGACCGGGUCAUCCAAGAACCUGCCCUUUUUGGGAAAAUCCUUCUACCUGGACCUGCUGAAUAACAAGAACAUGGAGUUUCUGGUGGCGACAAUAAAGCAGCUGGGUGGGGUGAUUGAAAGCUUCUUGAGUAAAGAAGUCAGCUAUGUGGUUUCCAGCAGCAAAGAGGCCAAACUGGACAGUGGGCCUCGGAGACCGACUGAGAAACGGAGCAGCGCAGCUUCAGGGGUUGCCAAGGCAAAGACUCUGCCCUCUGCUGUGCCCAAAGGGAGCCAUGCGGGGCAUCACCACAAGCCAGCAGACAGUGCUCUGAUCAGCAGGGGGAAGGAGCUGCUGCAGAAGGCCAUGAGGAACCAGGUGAGCGGCACGGUGAUGGGCUUCUCCUCUAGGCAGGACUCCAGCAGUGGCAGUAGUACCCUUGUCAAUGCUCGCUCCUGGGGCGUUCGGAUCUUGCAUGUGGAUGAAAUGAUGGCCUAUGUGCAGCAGCUGCUGUUCCGCGUGUCAGGAGCAAGGAAGCAGAGUGACAAGACGAUGACACCAGAACUGGAUGUAGUAUUCCAGCCACGGUUGCACCAGGGCCAAAUAGAGAUGAAGUGUUUCUCAGUGGGGCCAGGAGUCCUUAAAGUGGGAAAACUGAAGCCCCCGUUUCUGAAGAUUGAGGACCGGAGCAGGAAAUUCCGGCCCUUCCAUCACCAAUUCAAGAGCUUCCCUGACCUGAACUUCCUGGCUCCAAACAGAUCCAGCCCAUUUGAGCCUCUGAAAACCCCCUCAAGCUCCUGCAGAGUUAGAGCCCCCGAGGGCUGUCUGACGCACAGCGAGAGAGAGAGGAGCCCCCGGUCCAGCCCAGCCACCGUGCCCAAGAGGAGGAAGGGGUUUUGUGAAUGCUGCCAGGAGACCUUCGGGGAGCUGCAGAUGCACCUCCAGAGCCCCCGGCACAGGCGGUUCGCGCUGGACGCCUCUCAGUAUGCGGCUGUGGAUCACGUCAUCGCUCAGCUCACCAACGACUUUGCAGAGAUCCCAGCCUGGUCCUCUCCCCCCAGGGUGCCCUGCUCUCCUGCAGCUGACAACGAACUCUGUGGCUCUCGAGCAAAGGCUGUGGAAGGCCUGGGCGCUCCAGCUGCAGAGCUGGGAGGGAAGCACCAGCUGGCCAGGAAGGACAAAGCAGAGCUGUCUCUCAAUGCAGUGGCUGUGCUGGGUGGGGAAUGCUCCACAGGCCCAGAGGAGAUGCCAAAGGAGAAGGUCAGCGAGCUCCCUCCUGCUCCAGAAUUGCCUGCUGGGCACCCUCUGCUGGGGCUAUGGGCUGAGGAGACACUGCGAGCCAGGCCAUCUGCUAGCACAGGGCCAGCUGGGAGGGCCCAUGCUUGGUGUCAGAACACAGACCAGUCUGCUGUUGACAACAGUGCAGUGGGGGCUACUGCCUUGGCCACGGCUCCUGAUCUCAGCCAAUGGACCCGGGCCAGCGAUGGAUUGACUGGAGAGGCAGCUGCUUGCUCCCCUGAACUUGUUCCCCAGGAUUCAGUCGAGUCCCUGAGUCACCCUCUGGGAGCAUCACCCUGCUCCAGGAAACGCAAACUCUCCGACAGCCCUUGCAUGCGGCUGGAAAAGAAGCCGAGGAUAAUACAGCUGAGUAGCGACCCCCUACAUCUGGAGAAGCGGACAGGCUCGGUGUGCUGCAGCUCAGUUCAUCGGGGUGUGGGGCUGGCUGCGGGAGGGGCUGCUGGCACUGCUCCAUCUGGUGCUCCUGGAGCAGAGCUCUUGCUGCUUUCCAGCAGGCUCUGCAGCUUCCCUGCCUCAGUGAUGCCUCUGGACAGAGCCCAUGUGCUCCCAGAGCCUCCGGAGCCUGUUCCCAUGGCUAUAGACGACACUGAGGCUACCCUGGCGAGCACAGCCACUCAGCAGGUCUGGGAGAGCAGGACUCCAGGCCUGCAGGAGGGGCAGUCUACAGAGCAGGCCCCAGAGCCUCCCUGCUGUGUGGCCGAAUCUGGCCUCGAGCUGCAAUCACCUACCUGGGACAAGGCCAGCUGUUCUGCAGUCCAUCCGGCCCUCCCCCACCUGCCAAUCCCCCCAGCCAGGCGCUUGCACUGCACUGCAGUAGCUGAAGGUGCGCUGCCCAAGCCACCCAACAGCACAGACCUUGGCGAAAGCCUGGCCGCCCAUCCCAGCACCCUCCAGCCUGCCCCUUGCAGAACCCACACUGGCCCAAAUCUGGGGCCACCAUCUUCUUCUUCAGAGUCGGACUGGGACGUCCAGCUGCUCUGCUCACUGGACGCUCUGCAGGGCACCAGGAACCGGCCAGUAGACCUGGAGGUGCUCCGGAGGACCUGCAUCAAUGUCCAAGACAGCGGCUAUGAGUCCCAUCUCUACUCGGUCCUGAAGCAGAAGUCUGAGCUGGACUUAGGCAGAGAUGACCAGAGCUGUCGGAACUGUCGCGCAGAAACAGAAGGAGCCCCCUUCGCUGUGUUUGAGGCCUGCCUGGGCAGCUGGACCAGCUAGCCACUAGCUGCGCAGACCCCGUCAAGAACUAGGGCUCACCCCCAAGCACGGCUGCUAAGGGAGCCCCGCAGAGACGGCUGUGGCAAACCACCUUCCCCGCAGCCAUCAGAAGGCACAAGGCUGGCCGGAGACAGUCUGGAAUAAGGACUGGCUGCAAAUGGAGGGUGGGGCUGAGCCUGGAGGCUUUAGGCAAGACUGAUCUGGCUGGUUCACUUGCUUGUGGAGCUCAGCCGCAGGAAGGGCUCUCCCCAGCCUGGCCAUGCUAGCCCUGGCUUCCCAUGGGGACAGACCACUGGGCCUGGCCAGGCCUUGACCAGCAACGGCCUGGCUCUCCUCUCCCCUCAGUGGAGUGACCAGGAAGCAGACUCCCUUGCCUAGACUAGACUGCACCGUGUGCCCAACUGCUCGAUAGUGGCUUUUUAAUGGCCUGCCGCAUUUCAUUAGUGCUGCUGAUACACGCACCUCCUGUGCUCCUCCAUCACCCUCUGCAGCCUGACCCUGGAGGAGGGAGACGUGAGCACUUAGUACCAGGGAAACAACGUUCCCUUCGCCAGUGGCCUGGCCUGGCCUCACCUGUCACGUGUGCCGCUAGCUGAUGCCAGAGCCGGGGGAGGCGGGAAGCCCCUAGUCUGAUCUGCAGACGGGGCAGGGUUUUCUCCCGUCUUCCCAUGCAGCAGGCAGGCAGUGCUGCCGUUCCCUCGCCCAGAAAGAGCUGCUGUCUUCUGGAAGUGACUGCUCUGAGCUCCCCACAGCAUCCUUCUGUUCUCACAUUCUCUGCUCUUUCUGCAUCUCCCUGGCUCCUUCCUACUUGUGGUGCAGUUAAUGGGGAAAAUGAGCUGCUGUCAGGAUCGAUUCCUCUUCCUGUUUUAACUUCUGCUCUGUUCCAUGGGGCCAUAGCUCCCCUGUCUCUGUCGUCUCCACUGGCCAUUGCAGAUAAUCGGUGUUUAAAACUUCCUGCUUGUUUUAAAAACACAUUUAAAACCAAAAUAAACUGAGUGAGUGUAA